GUAGUGAGCUGGGUGUCUGCGAGUGGAAGCGGACGGCUUGUGGUCAGAGCGCGGGUAUAACCGAGGCGCGGAGACCGACGUCCGGGCCUCCCUUCCGAGCUGGCAGUCUGGACCCGGCAUGGAAACGCCCUUCUACCAUGACGAUAUCCUGAGCACGGUCAGCAGCAUGAAGAAGAGCCUGAGCCUACCUGUGUCCGACAACGGCCUCAAGAGCCAACGCGACUCCGAGGCCCCGCUCAACUCGCCCGACCUGGGCUUCCUCAAGCUCGCGUCUCCCGAUCUCGAACGCCUCAUCAUUCAGUCGAGCGGCCUGGUAACCACCAGCCCCGGGCCGGCCCAGAGCCUCUUCCCCCGCAGCGUGACGGACGAGCAAAACUCGUUCGCCGAGGGGUUCGUCAAGGCCCUGGAGGAUCUCCACAAACAGAACCAGCUGAACGGCCUGGCCGGUCCACAGGCUCCGCUCCCUGCCCCCGGCCCGGCCUCAGGAGCUGGCGGCAGCUCCGCCGGCUUGCAACAUCCCGAGCCUCCCGUCUACACUAACCUCAGCCCGUACAGCGGGACGCCGGGCCCGGCGCCGGCCGUCAGCUACAGUCCCGAGCCCUCGGCCGCCGCAACCUCCUCCUACCCGCCUCUCGGACACCCCCUCUGCCCGCAGGGCCGGCUUCAAGCCCCCAAAGACGAGCCGCAGACGGUGCCGGACGUGUCGGGUCUGGGCGACAGCCCGCCGGUCUCACCUAUCGAUAUGGACACUCAGGAACGAAUCAAGGCCGAGAGGAAGCGCCUGCGGAACCGCAUCGCCGCCUCCAAGUGCAGGAAGCGCAAGCUGGAGCGCAUCUCCCGGCUGGAGGACAAGGUGAAGAGCCUCAAGUGCCAGAACUCGGAGUUAGCCUCCACCGCCAGCCUGCUCCGGGAGCAGGUGGCUCAGCUCAAGCAGAAGGUGCUGACCCACGUCAACAGCGGCUGCCAGCUGCUGCUUAGUCCGCAGGUGCAAGCUUACUAGCCCCCAGGCUUGCGCAGAUCCUACCCCCAUGGACCAUCCGAGGACUUCGCUGGUCCUUGCCUGAAACCCGGGGCAGGACACCACCCACAGGCCAUCAGAGGAACCCUCGCUUUGAAGCCUUCCAGACGUCUGGGGGAGCAUCCAGCCCGUGACCAUUUGUUUACUCACCAGGUGCAAGCCCAUUAGACUUAUGGACCAUGUUCCCUAGGACUCUACAGCGAUGUGUGUACGCACCUCCUGUGCAGGCCAUCUACAAUACCCUGGCUCAUGGACUACCUUCGUCUUUCAGCACCUAGCCUGCAGAGGCUUGUCCAUCCACCUCUUGCGCAGAACAUCACCCGAUAUAUCCCACCAGGCUCGUGGACCAUGUCUCUGAUUGCCCUUCCAGCACUGAAGCUGAGUUUGAAGAGCUGCUUUGAGAGUGCUGCCUGAGGGGCAGAUCAACGAUGACUUUUUGAGAUAGUAACUUGAUUGAGUUCGGUUGACCAAAAGCCAAUAGCUGUGUCUGGCACUGCAUGUCUGAGUCCGUGUUGACGUGCGCUCAGUGUGUUGGUCUCUGCUGUUUGUAGAAAGCUGAUGCAUGGACUAGCUGUGGCCUUAAACCACCUACAGACUCUAACAUCAGAUGCCUGCUCGUUUUGUGCAGUGUUUGUGUUUGCAUUUCAGGUGCAAACUUUUUAAAUAAUUGUAAAUAAGUGUCUGACUCUGUUACAAUAUUGUUGGAAUGUAUGUUUUUACCAUUUGAAAGAUGCUCUAUUUAUAUACAGUAAUGGGAACAGUCUGAUUAGAUUCCUGGUUGCUAUACAUUCCAAUAUGUAUUGCUACAAUGUGAUUUUUGAAUAAAAGUAUUUUAUGUCUAA